CAGUGCUUGAACAGUUGCACGCAGGACAUCCUGGAAUAAAUCGCAUGAAAGCAUUAGCACGAAGUUAUGUAUACUGGCCGCAUUUAGACACUCAACUGGAGCAGCUAUCCCGUUCAUGUACCAAAUGUGCAUUAGCAACGAAAGCACCGCGAAAAGCAGAGCUGCAAUCAUGGCCAAUACCACAGUCACCGUGGCAGCGUAUACACUUGGACUUUGCUGGUCCACUUCAUGGACAAACUUACCUUUUGGUAGUUGAUGCAUAUAGCAAGUGGCCAGAAAUCUUUCUCAUGGAACACCCGACUGCAAGCUGCACAAUCAGUAAGCUACGUCAACUAUUCAGUCGUUUCGGAGUCCCGGAAUUGAUAGUUAGUGACAACGGAACACAGUUUACGUCCGUAAUCUCACAAUUUUGUCGGCAGAACGGAAUCCAUCACGUCCGAACACCUCCAUUCCAUCCCCAAUCAAAUGGUCAAGUGGAACGCUUUGUGAGUACAUUUAAAAAUGCUCUAAAGAAAUCUAAAGGGGAGGGGACCACCGAAGAGAUCUUAGAGAGGUUCCUGCUUAUUUAUCGCUCGACACCGAACCCUCAGACGAUUAAGGGGGUCUCUCCAGCAGAAGCUCUACUUGGCAGAAAAAUACGAACACAUUUCGAUGUCAUCCGUCCUACGCCAGCUCUUGAGCCUCAACGAAACCUAUCUAUGGAGAAUCAGUUCAAUCGACAUCAUGGGGCACAAAAACGGUUGUUCACGGUGGGACAAAAAGUACUUGCUAUGGACUAUCGUGAGAAACAUCCUACAUGGACAGCUGGUCGGAUCUUGAAAAAGAAGGGGAGUGUGGUUUAUGAGGUGUCAGUUUGCUCAGAAGUUUGGGUACGUCAUGCUAACCAAUUGAAAGCAACUUCGAUAGCCAGCAACGAGAUUCAAUAUCGAUUACCUCUUGAUGUUCUGCUAGACACCUUUGAAAUCAAAACGCCUGGAACAGACAGGUCAGUUUCUGUGCAAGCAAAGAGUGAUACUUCUUUAUUGCCUAGACGAUGGACAAAUCGAAAGCACAGGCCAGUCACUCGGUCGCAGUUGGACCCUAGCACCAGAUCCUACGAAUCUGCUCAAAGGGGAGGUGUUAGUGGGACAUAGAUUGGAUUUAAGCAUGCUCAAUGCACGAUUGCUUUGGCGCACGCUGAUUGGCUGAUUCUUAUCCAAUCAGCGCUAGUCUAUACAUGGAGAAGCUUCUAGAUUCUUCUUAUGUAAAAAGCUAUAAAUAUACGAACGGUUUUCCUAUUUUGCUUCUUGCUUCUUGCUUCACCUAACCUUGUUAUUUGGAAUAUAAUCUCCUUCCUGC